AUGCUUUUAAACAUCGAUUUUUUAAAAACUAUUGUAAGUAAUGUGAAACUGUAUCCGCCUUUGGUAGGCCUAAAUUUGAUGAUAAGAAUAAUACUUCGCAGUCCAUCUUACAACACUUGUUCAAAGCUAAAAUCAAAAAAACAAGAAACUAAAUCAUGUUUUAAUGUAUUGACAGAAAAGAACGAAGCUUUGAACAAGUGUUGUAAGAUGGACUGCGAAACUAAAGAUUUUUUGAUUUUAGUUCUUCAACCGACUAGUUUUGCAUUUUUAUUUUGUUCAUCUCCAGAGUAUCCUUACAAUCAAACAAAUAAAAAUCAUUCAUUGGUCCGUGGUCUGUUGUGUCCCGGACCAGAUCAGAUGAUCGCUUCUGGUCCGUUUAUUUGGUGCAAACCAGGAAAAAGAUGCGGACCAAAGCCCUCAUUAAAAUGUCUUUUUCAAGAGUGUUAUCUUUUAAAAAUGUCAUAUUUAACUUGUUUCUUUGAAGAAUAA